AGCGUGCCAGGGUUCGAAGGAGUCGGCAAAGUAGCACGCUGCCACUCGCAGCUGGUUCAGAGGUACAUGCGAGAGAUCAGGUAGCCUCGCUUGUAGCAUGCCUAGACCCUCUCGAGCGAAUGCUAGUGGGACAAUAGGGCAACCGGCGAGCAAAGCAGGAGAGACGACAGUACAGACUUUGAGCGAGCCCAGGCAGCGCUCGCAGCCUGUCAGCGCAUCAGCAGCUAGUCAGUCCCCUUCGAGCAGUCUCAGACGCAACAACCGCCAGCCCGCGCAGUCCAGUAGCAAAGCGGCCCAGUCAGAAUCCGUGAUGCCGGCGCAAGACGAAGACGGGCAGGAGGAGGAGGAAGAGGAGGAGGAGGAGGAGGAAGAGGAGGAGGAAGAGGAGGAAGAGGACGAUGAGGGAAAGGCACCAGGCGGCGAAGUCUAUGAAUCAGAGUCUAGCUCUCAGUCAGGCACAGAAUCCCUGACCUGGAUCUCCUGGUUCUGCUCGGUCCCGGGCCACGAGUAUUUUGCCGAAGUGACAGAUGACUUCAUAGAGGACGACUUCAAUCUUACUGGCCUUAACGCGCUCGUGCCCUUCUACCAGGAAGCCUUAGAGAUGGUUCUCGAUGUUGAGCCAGCAGAAGAGGAGAGCCUCAAGAUACCCGACGUGUCUAUAGUGGAAAGCUCUGCCGAGCUUCUGUACGGACUCAUACAUCAGCGAUUCAUCCUGACCAGACAGGGCCUCUCUCAAAUGCUUGGCAAAUAUGAACAAGCCCAUUUUGGCUACUGUCCGCGCGUUUACUGCAAUACAACGAAAGUCCUACCGUGCGGCCGAUCAGAUCUACCGGGCGUAGAUACCGUGAAGCUUUACUGCCCGAGCUGUACAGACACCUACACGCCGCCCUCGUCUCGCUUUAACGGUGUCGAUGGCGCAUUCUUUGGCACGACUUUCCCGCAUCUUCUCUUCCAGUCAUUCAAAGACAUUGCUUCGACCGAAUCGCGCGUGCCUGCCUCGCCCGUCCCCGAAGAAUCUGCAAUGUCGAAUACUAGAGCAGACGGGCAGGCGAGAGGACAGGGUCUGCCAGCAACAAACGCGCUGACAUCGGCCAGCAAACUCUAUAUACCGAGGAUAUACGGCUUCAAGGUGUCCGAACGUGCGAGGAGUGGGCCUCGAAUGCAAUGGCUGAGAAUGCAGCCCCGGGAUCCGAUCGAAUUAGAUUCGGUAGACAACAUGGGCCGAUGGAAGGACGAAGAUCCCGGAGCUGAGAUGUUGCACGAGGAGGGCAUACAAGAGGCCACUGACGGCUAUGGACCUGACGUCGACGAACCAAUCGAAGAAGACGAGCAGCCAGCUCCGAUGAGUCCGCCGAAGAGGCCAGCCUCUGCUCGCUAUGACGACACAGAUUAG